AAACUCAUUGCUCCAGAAAGGCGCGUGCGUUAAGCUCUGAGCUCCCCCGGUUGUUCACUGUUUCAGUCCAGAAUUCCCAAACCCUUCCCUCCUCCUUGUCUGUUUUUUCCUUUAAAAAAAAACCUCAAUUCUUUCAAGAAAGAGAAUUUAAAAAAAUUCAAAUUUUCUGUUAAUUUCUGAGUUCGAUCUCUUAUUUUCAAUGGAGGAAUCAUCGUAUUCAAAUCUUAGUACCAGUCAUUUGCUGGGCUCAGUUCCCGCCGUUACCAAUGAAGAAAAGAAGGCCUCUUAUGAAGUUCCUGAAGCGAAUAUGCAAAUUUUCCCUCCAAAUAAUGGCAGCGGAGGAGGUAGGGGUCGAGGUUAUCAAACUCUUGAGGCUCCUACCGAAGAAUUUGAACAACAGCCACCAAACAACUGGAGUGGAGUUUUUAGUAUCUCAUCAUACACGCAGUAUUUUAAUGUGGAUACAGAUGUUGUCAUAUACAGAUUGAUUAGUUCCUUUUAUCCUGUCACCGGAGAUUUUUUCAGCAAGAUUGAUGCUAACCCUGACCUGUAUGGACUUAUUUGGAUCACGACAACAUUGGUCUUUAUGCUUGCUUCCUUUGGAAACUGGGCCACAUACCUUAUGCAAAAGCACAGUGAUGGUACUACUUCUUGGAGCUUUGAUGUUGGUUAUAUAAAUGCAGCGGCUGUUGGAAUCUAUGGUUAUGCAGUUGUGGUGCCAAUGUCAUUUAAAUUCCUGCUUCAAUACCUAGGUUCAAAUGCUAGCCUUGUACGGUUUUGGUGCAUGUGGGGUUAUUCAUUUUCCAUUUUUAUUCCAACUGCGCUUCUACUGCUUAUUCCGGUUGAGAUUCUCCGAUGGAUCAUUAUACUCAUUGCUGGUUCAGCCUCAUCAUGCUUUGUUGCCUUGAAUUUAAAAUCUUAUAUCGAGGGGGCAAACGAUCUCAAAAUGAUGGUUGUCGCAGCAUUCUUGUUGCAAAUGGCCCUUGCAAUCUUCAUCAAGGUUUGGUUCUUUCCAUAGUCAACUUAUGUAGACUAUCCGAGCAUCUAAAAACCCAAACUUUGAUUACUUUGUUUCUGGGAAAUACGCAAAAGAAGAUCCGAAUUAGAUCGAGGAAAAGCUUGUGUGUUGUUGUGGGAUUCGUUACUUGUUGAGCUUUAGUUUUAGUGAUAAAUUUGAAACAUUCAAGAGAGACAAAUUACUUGGUUUUGGAGUGUGGUUGAUUAGGUGUGGCUGGCCUACAACUUUUAGAAGGCCAGGCCAACAUAUCAUCACAACAACUAGACUAGAUGUCAAUGUAAUACCUUAAAGUAAAUUAAUUUCUUUUCUUUUUU